CAGACAACGUAAGCGAAGACGGUAUUACCGUGUUUCUUACGAAUCUUCUUGCAACAAAAUUCAAAGAUCCUUUUACAUACUAUGCUUGCAUUGCGCACUUUCGCAAUUUCGGAUUUAUAAUCUUAUGAAUAUACUGCUUGCCCGAAAAAUUAUUGAUGUACAUUUUCGCCAGUUCUUACCUUUAGGAUUAGUUUUCUGAUCCAGAAAUUUAACCGCAGAUGAGAGCUUGACAAAAAUUUUAUGCAUUUUUAGUUCCGUAACCUACAUCCUGUAUAGGUUUUGGAUUAUAUCGCACGCUCUAUAUACUUUUGCCAAAAAUGAGCCUUUCCCAGAAAAUGAAUUUGGGUUCGGAUAAGCUGGACAACACCCCGCGAGGUCCAACCGGCACCCGAGCAGCUGGGCUUGUUGUGUUUCGCCGAUCGGAAAAUGGCGGAUUAUCAUAUCUCUUGCUGCAAGAGAAUUUCGGAGAAAAACACUGGACGCCACCCAAAGGCUACAUCGAAACGGAAAACGAUCGAGAAGCAGCUCUUCAAGAGACACUGAAGGAAACCGGGCUGGAGAGCCGCGAUUUGAAGGUGUUCGACGACUUCUCCUUCAAGAUGCAGUACUCAGUGCGGAAGGAGAUCAAGAAAAUCUGGUACGGCUUGGCGGAGUUCAUAACGGGAGAGAAAGCCAAGGAUAACGAUAAGAGUAAAGGCAAUGCCAAGAAUAUUAAGGUCACCGGCGAUGCACAUAACGCGGCGUGGUGGUUGCCAUUGAGCGAUGCGGUAAAGGUCAGCGGCUAUGUGGAAGCGGAUGCACUGCUGAAGAAGGCCGAAAAGUACAUUCAGGAUAAGACAAAGCCGGUGGACCAAACAGCUUAAUGUAAUGGAUGUCAUCAUGCCAGUGGCUUGCGAAAGAUUUUUGCCGAUUUGUUUGUUAUUAAUAUGGUUUUUUAAUUGUUUUAACUGAUCCGUGUCGCUUCUGAUGUCAAAUUGGUUUUGCAAAUUACAGAACGUACAAGAUAAGUAGCAUCUAUUUUUAAAUAGAGCCUUAAUCAAAAAUUUACUGCAUAUUUAUGUACAAAAGGAACAAAAAAGGUUUCCAGUUUGCUCAAAGCGGCCCUGUAGAACAAAAAAAUAAAUCAGCUGAAAACAUUUUAUAUAUAUUU